AUGCCGUCUCUUUCCGAAAUUAGCUACAAUCGCGAUGAAUGCAUUUCCGCAGUCCGCGAGUAUUACAACUUCCUAGUUAGGAUGUAUCUCGACGAAGCGGAGGUCGUUGAACCACCACCAGGAGGAUGGCCGAGCAUUACGACCGCAACGAUGGCACCCUUGGGCAAGACGGAUGAAGUGGUCUCGCUACUCCGCCAUCUACCAUACAUACGAGAAAAAAAGGACGACAUGUACAAUGUUCAAACAGCAGCGUGGUGCUACUUCACCAAUUGGGAGGCUGAUGCCAGUUUAAUCAGCCACGACAGAGCUUAUGUUGAGAGCGUCAAGAUCAGUACCGAAAGCGCCUCUCUAUAUGAAAUCUUGCCCCCUCACGUCGUGAGCAUCACAAAAAGCCCACGAGACUGGACAACCCUCUUGAUUGACACGGAGCUCGGUAUCGGUCUUUGGUACGAAUGCCCCGGGGAGGUCAGGGAUUGGCCUCUGCGAGAGAAGGUAUUGGACGACCCAUACGACUAUGAAGAGGAUGAGGAGCAGGCUGAAUGGCGCGGGGAGUGUGGUGCAUGGUCCAUCCCGGAUUUCUUCGAGGUCCUGAAGGAUCAGUUUCGCGAACUUAAAUUCGUUCCCAAAAGCCCUCGUGCAGUGGUGGAUGUGUAUAUCUCAGAGGGCGUGGCUUUCCCAGACAUGAUAGAGAUGUUGCAGGGGAUCUACAGAGAGCAUGGGUGGCCGGACAUGGACAAGUACCGCAAGAAGGAUUGCCUAAAAGCCGUGCAAAAGGCCUUGAAGGAGCGUUACCCUCGUCUUGCGGAUUCUGAAUGGGUCGAGGAGGAAUGA